AUGCCUCAAUUUAGCAAGUUCAAUAUUCGCUCCAAGGACUACGAGGCGCUGCCUACGGCAGACUCAGAAAAGGACCAGCAUGGAAGCCGAUCUAGCGAAGAGUCCGACGUCGCGUUGAUGGAAAGAGAGUUGAUUGGGGCUAAGAAGAUAUCUCGAGUUCAACGAGCUUUCACGACAUUCAAAGAGGCUAUGAAGAGCCCGAUGUUCAUGACCAGCUUCUUGCUUUUUCAAAUUGGCGUCAGCAGUCUGUUUCUUGCUUGGCAGCACUCUCACCGCUUCAACGCGAGACUGAAAGAUAUCUCGAUGCAUUCCCCGGUGCUGGACAAAAUCGAAAUUCCCUUGGUCUUGCGUAAAAGCUACGCACAGUACGGGAUGGGCGGCCCGGAGAUCUGGCGCGCAGAACCUAGCGAAGAAGUUGACAAGGCAUGGGAACGCGUGACAGCAGAAUAUCUGUUCCCAGUCAAGGAGGCAGAUAUCAUUGCUAUGCGGAAAGACCCCUCUGUCGUUGUGCCGAUGCCCGAAAAGUACCACGUCGAUGGCGAGACAACGUACAUGGCGAAGUCGGCGAUGUAUCACAACAUACAUUGCCUUGAUUAUAUUAGAAAGGCUGUUUAUUAUGACCAUUACUACCCGAAUGGUACCGACGACAAUCCGUUUCACGCCUACCACACUGCUCAUUGCAUCAUGAUUCUGUUUGAGCACCUGACUUGCCACAAUGAUCCUGGUGUUUACUUGUUCCGUUGGAUGGAAGAGUUCAACCGCCCGAUUGCAGAUACCAAUAUUUGGCGGAAGUGUUGGGACUUCGAGAGUGUGCUCCAAGAGCACAAUGAACUUGCCGUUAAGGAUAUGAUGGAGACUGAUGUGAGGAAGCCAAAGGGAGUAAAGACGGUACCGGCUCCGGAAGGCGUGAUGAAAAUUAUUCGCAACUACCAGAAGACUCACCCUGAUUAUAACCCCGGACAAUAG